AGAUUAACGAAAUCAUCUUCAGGUUGACUUUUGUAGUUCAUUUCUUUUUGUGAUCGACUCCAAUUAAAUAAAAAUCAAAAAUCAAAAAUUUUAAAAAAAUUGGUGAUCAACAAUGGGAUUCUUAGAAUUGUUCAUGGUGGCUCUAAUGCCGGUGUUGAAGACGCUGCUGUUAACAGCAGUAGGGGUAGUUCUUGCCAUGGAUCGAAUAAAUCUGCUGGGUUCAACAGCAAGACAUAAUUUGAACAAUAUGGUGUUUUAUGUAUUCAGCCCUUGUCUUAUGGGCGCCUAUCUUGCAAAAACAGUUACAUUGGAUGUUAUGAUGAACAUGUGGUUCAUGCCAAUUAACAUUUUGAUCACGUUUAUAAUCGGAUCAGUUCUUGGAUGGAUACUUGUUAAGAUCACUAAAGCACCCCGUGAUUUGAAAGGCCUUGUUAUCGGAUGUUGUGCUGCAGGGAACUUGGGGAACUUGCUUCUUAUAGUCAUCCCAGCAAUAUGCAAUGAGCCAAAUAACCCCUUUGGUGAAUACUCAGUUUGCAUGACUGAUGGAGCAGCUUAUGUUUCGGUUUCUAUGGCGGUAGGAGCCAUCUAUAUAUGGUCUUAUGUGUAUGUUAUCAUGAAAGUAUCAGCUGAGAAGAGCACUCGCGGUGAGAGAUUAGAUACUCAUCACUCUGUAGUCAGUGUAAGGCCUUCUGUUGCAACUUCUGAUAGCAAAGAACCGUUACUAAUCUCUAAGGUAGGAGGCACUGUGUCUAUGUUGGAAAAGAUCAAGACGGGUGCAUUUGGUUUAGUCCGAAGAAUCAGGGGUAUCAACUUGCAACAUUUAUUCGCGCCUACAACUAUCGGAUCUGUUAUCGGAUUUGUCGUUGGAGUAGUCCCUCUACUAAAGAUGUUGCUGGUUGGUAACAGUGCUCCUCUUCGAAUUAUAUUCAGUGCUUCUGAAAUACUGGGAGGAGCAACUGUACCCUGUGUUACACUAAUAGUUGGAGCGAACCUUGUAAAAGGAUUAAGAAGAUCAGGGAUAAGUGCAUCAGUAAUCGUAGGGAUAAUAGUGGUGCGUUACAUUGCAUUGCCUUUGAUUGGCAUCGUCGUUGUUAGAGGUGCUCACCACUUUGGUUGGGUAGGAUCCAACCCGUUGUUCCAAUUUGUUCUCAUGCUUCAAUUCGCUCUGCCACCAGCAAUGUCUAUAGGUACAAUAAGCCAACUCUUUGAGUCGGGUGAAGGCGAAUGCUCAGUUGUUAUGCUAUGGACGUAUGCUAUGUCGGCGUUAGCCCUUACUCUUUGGUCCACACUGUUUAUGUGGCUGGUGUUAUAGGUUAUGUAUCUCUUUGCAUUGAUGUAUAAGUGAAUUAUUCACUCAUAUCACACAACAUUGUGAUAUAUAUUGAGAAAUUGUAAUCAAUGAUCAAAUUAUGGAGGCUGUAAAUUUCUGCCAAGAUGGCUGAAGAAAUUGAUUAUGUGUGCCAUCAUAUUACGGUACCCUACUAAGUUGUAAUGGGGUCUAAACAUGAUGUAAGCUGAAAUUGCAAAAUUAGAAAUUGGAUGUGUUCAAGUUUGUUAUGGUAAAUUGCUUGGAACAUCCUUUUCUACAUCUGUAAACUUGGUUUCAAGUACUACCUUCCGUUACCUAAAUACUCGUAAAAGGAAUUCUGAUUCAAA